AUGCCCGUCCGCGUCCCCAGACUUCCUGCUGCCAAGCCCUCAGAGAUCUUCUGCAUGGGUGCGGCCGGUGUUGGCGUCUUGACACCUCUGUAUCUUGUCAUGCCAGGAGCCGAGGAACGUCUCUCCAACCAGACCAACAAGUGGGCUCCACGAUGGGAGAGGAAUGUCAGCUACUUCAUCCCUCCUAUGGAGAAGGGCGUCCAACGCAUCGAACCUCCCGUAUCCAAGAUGGUACAGCGUGUUGAGGACCGUCUUCCUUUGGAGAAGAUGGCCAAGUCCGUUGACAAGGGCAUCCGAAGCGGUAUUGCUCGAUUCAAUGGCGAGAACAAACCCUAA